UUCAAUUAGUUGAAGCUGGAGAAGAGAGCUAGCACUGGCUACAUGUAAAAAUUAAAUAACUAAACUAUUAAGUGUCAGACGGAGAGGUGGUUUUGAAAAUUCAGUCUGUCUUUUUUGAAAUUAAAGUUACAUAUUUUAUUACCUACGUUAUUUUGUAAAAACUUUUACCUGCAUAAUAUUGUUAUAAAUUUAAUGCAUUCAGUUCGUUGUUUAUUAACAAAUAGAAAUGGAAAAGAAAGCAUUAGCUGUUCACGAAAGUUUUGCUCGAAACUUAGCUUACAAGGAUUCUAUUUUGUGGGAUGCGCUCAUUCCAAAAGUCGGAAGUAAGAAGCUACACUCCGGAACAGUUCAAAUUGUUUAGGGAAAAAAUUAACGAACUGUUUCGCGACAAUGAACCAGACGUAGAACCUAGUGCAUGUAGAGCAGUUGGAACUUCUCUAAAGACACCAAAACCAAAACCGAAACCAAGCAAAGCAAUUGAAAAAAUUCGGAAAGCUGUUUAUAAAAGUACCAUAUCACAAACUAAAUAUACAAAUAAAAAUCUACUAGCCACUUUUAUUUUGGUAACAGUAGCCGAAGGCACAACUUAUUUGCAGGCCCGUGAGGCAACUAAAUUUUCAAUUCAUUUAAUAAUAAGAACGAGAAAAUGCAUCAAUAUUGAUGAUAGCUCAAAUUGCUGCAUGAUUUUCAUUGACGAAAUGGGAAAUGUUUAUCAAAAUUGGAAUCAUUUUAUUAAGACAAAUUGUUUGCCAGAGGGUGUGGCACUGGCUCCUUCUCAAGGGGUUUACCAAUUCGAGAACGACAAUGACAAUUCAACGGCGAGGCUUGUUCUUGAUUCAUGGGUUACACCUGCAAGCAGCAUCACUAAGAAGGCUGCAGGCCAUGCAGACGUUGUUGCUGGAGUUGGAGGAUUUGCAGCUGCAUCAGGUACAGUGGCAGCCCUUGCUUUUCCAGUUGUCUUUGCACCAGCUUUACCAGUGCUUGCUGUUAUUGGUACUGGGGCUGGGGUCUAUUCAGCCAUUCGUUCAGGUUGCAGUUUAUUGUCACGCAAUGAUCACGAGCAAAGUAUAGCUUUGACUAAUUCAUCAGCUAGAGGUGCUUGGCUUGGUGUUGCUUCUGGAGCACUUGCUGCUUCGUCUUCUCUUGCCACUAAAUCCUUAGCUCGACUUGCUUUGGCGGGAAAAGAAGUAUCAGUGGUCCGCGAAGUAGUUGUUAAUGGAAUGAACAUAUCAACAAUGCUUUUAUCUGGUACAGGAGUCGCAAAUGGUGCUUUAGAUUUGAUUUUGAAGUACAAUGAUGACGAAAAAAUUACUGGAUUAGAUGUACUGCAAGUUGCAGCUUCUUUAGCAAUCUUUACUCACUCCGUUUACAAUUUCCGUUUGGCAUCUACGAUUGUUGCACAAAGUCGUGACUCAAAAGUAAAUUCCUACCGAACAGAACUCAGUAAUAGACAAAGGAAAAUGUUCGAUAAGCUCUUUAAAGAAACGAUACGUACACAAGGAGCUUCAAAGGGUAAAAUGGACAUUAUUCGUUUGAUAAAUGAAGUACCUGACCGACAAUAUCUCAACGACAUAAACAAGAUUAACAAAGAUCUCAACAGAAAUAAGAUUCGUGUUAGCGCUGGUCAGAAUGGCCAUAUUGCCUUAAAUGACGAGGUUCAAGUUCAGUCUGGAGAUUUGCGCAGUAGCGUUCAACAUGGUGUCGGUGAAAAUAUUUUAGGGAAAGUAAGCCAGCCCAUACCGGAUUCACAUCAAACGAUACCGAAUCAAGAAACAUUAAAUAUUUUGACACAAAAUGCCUUUUAUGAAAAUACUAACACUAUCAUCAAUUACUGUAAAACUGCGUUUCAAAUCGCUUCACCACUUAUCUUAAAUUCCGAAACAUUGCAAGAUUGUGUGAAAAAUAUAAUUGAGAAAGUUGGCGAAAAGAUAGCAAUAUUUAUUAUUGAAAAAUCAAAUGAAUUUAUCGUAAAAUACGGAAGAACUAUUGAAAAUUUUCUUAAAACUAAAUUACAUUUGGAAGAUGUGGUAUGGCAUUUAUAUAAAAAAUGUGAACAAUCAUUCAGGACAUUUACAAUCGAAACAAUACAAACAAAUAUUCAACUGAUUUUCGAACAGCUUAUAGCUUUUUACGAAGAGAUGUCUAAUGAAAGUAGUACUUCCCAAAAAAUAAAGUGCAAAAUUUGUAAAGGAUUUUAUCAAAUUUGUUCUAUUUAGUCUUUUGACUGAACAUAUCACAAAAGCACAACAAUUACUCACUAUUAUAAGAAGAUAUUACAAAACACAACUGCAUAAGAUGUUAACAAAACGGUGCCUUAUUUUUAAAUUUUAAAUAAAUGAUAUUGAAUAACUUAGAAUUAAGGUAACUCAUUUUUGGACUAUUUUAGUGCACAUGUCCAACGUUGUCUCAAAGUUAGUGUUUUUUUUUUUAAUUUAAAAUGUAGUAUUAACUUUUACAGAGAAAUAUAAUAUUCAAAUAAAAAUUGUUUUAA